GAAUAAAACGAUAUCGUAUGCUAACCYGAGUGUCCAAUAGCACACAAACUGUCAUCCAUUCAUUUCCUCUUGACGAGAAAUGCAAGAAUCAUUCCAUAUAACAAGGAUAUAUUGAAGAAAAAGAUCGGCAUCGUGCUGACAGAACGCUUUGUGUUGUUGAUUCGACGUAGUGGAACGAGCAUCCCUGAUUUUGGUCAUGAUUCUUCGAAGAUUCUCUGUACUUGUGAUGAGUUUCGUUUUGGCUGCCAAUCUCUCAUCUGCAGAUGCACAGAAAUGGCUUGCYCCCAAUSAGAAAGUUCAUAAAAAAUUCAUUGCACCGGGAUCUUUAGUUGACUUUGAUUGUCGACUAAGCAAUUCGUCAUUACCAGUCUUUCUCUCUCGAGAAGUUUCUAAGAAUAAAAAAACUGAUGUAACUGUUGAUGGGUCUAAAGUGGUUCAAGUUGGUCAGAUGUUCAUAAUCUAUAACUUUAACACCAACGAUAAUGGGGAUUAUAAGUGCGAGACACCCAUGUCAAAUGGGAGGAGGAAGGCACUGAUGAUGGGCAUACACAAAGCCAUCAGAGCCAUGGCAAUGCUAUCACCUCCAACAAUCGAUGUGAUUCCCAUCAAGCUGAAAGUGCUGGAAGGUAACGACGCAGUCUUGACCUGUCGAUCUACUCUGAAUGUCAACACAAAAUUCAAAUCCAUCAAAUGGUACAAAAACAUUCAGCCAUUGUCAGAGAGAUUUCAAAAUUAUUCCUACAAAGGCCAAGUAUACACAAAGACAUUGAAGUUUUCCGAUCUUGACACGGAUGAAAGUGAGAUCUACGAGUGUCGAACUUGCUUAUAUCACCAUUUAUCUUCUAUUCGCGCGUGUUGGUCUGCGAAAGCAGAGUUAAUUGUKGAAGAGUUUAAAUUCCUGUCAAAGGGACCUUCUUUCWUUGUUGGAGACAUUGGCUCUUCAGCAACCAUCGAUUGCSAAACAAGUGACUUCAACUCAACRACGAUACUCAUGCGACAGGAUAACAAUGGAGUUCUUAUAAAAGUCAUCCCAGAUGGGUCUMAAAUCGUUAGGAAAGGUGGAAAAUUUGUUAUUAAUAAUAUUAAUCUUAAAGACGGAAGUAAGUAUAUGUGCAAGUCUACGUCUGUGACUCAACGCAUCAUAUCAAAGCCUGUUGGAACAUUGGUUGUUUUACAAGAAUGCCGCAAACCAAACGGUCUGUUUCCAGAUCCAUUUAAUCGAAGGGGUUAUAUUUUAUGCAAGAACAAUAUUGCUACAAGACAAACGUGUCCUUCUCCAGCGUAUUGGGAUGACCAACGGAAACAGUGCGUAGUUCCACCUACGACUCCAACUCCAGCCUUCCUGAAAUGGCUCCACACCGGAACGAAAUUUAUAAAACAGCUUCCAAGGAAUGUCAGCUACGAAUUCGACUGUCGUUUAAGCAUUCCCACUGCGAAAGUAACUCUCUUGAAAGAAGGUGUUAUUGUUCCUGUCGAUGGUACYAAAGUCGAGCAAUCAGGACAGAAAUUCACCAUUAACAACCUCAAUGAAUAUGAUCCGGCCCUAUACAAGUGUCGAGCUGAUGGUAUAGCUGAUUUAGAAUUCAAUAUCUACGUCGAUAGACAACUUUCUACCAAGUUGUUAAUCAGAAUGUAUCCCCCGCCCUCCAAGCUGCUAGAGCUUGAAACCACUGGCAACUAUACCAUACAAUGUGAAUCGCUCCACUCUGGCUCCACAUCAUGGUACAAACUUGACCCUACGACGAAUGCCUGGAGAUUAUUAAGAAAAGAAGUACUACGUGCUCACACUAUCGCAGGAGAUAACAUCUUAAAAACUAUAUGGAAACUUAAUUUAAGAAGUGUUACUGCAAAGGACUCUGGGAUAUAUAAGUGCCGCAAAAACAAUUCAUAUGGCGUUAUUGCAGAGGAGUCUAUUAAAGUCUUCGUGAAAGCUUCAGUCAAACCUGACAUUCUCACCACUGGCAAUUCAACAUUAGAGGUCACGCAAUCCAAGUCUCUGAAAAUAAUCUUGAAUGUAUUUGGUUCGCUUUCUCCUACCGUCACAUUAACCAACAAGGAUGGAGUCACGUUAAUUACUUGUCACGGAGGCCAAACAUUGAUAUGUACUUCGAAGUUUUCGAGGAGAAAGAGACGAUAUAGAGGGACUUGGGGUGGCAAAGUUGGUAACAGAAAUCUCACAAUAACUAUUUCGAAAGUCUCGUUUUUAAAACAUAAUGGAAUUAUGUCAAUUUUGGCGAAAAAUCUCAAAGGCGAAAAGGAACUGAAACUGAACGUUGUCGUAAAUGUGCGUCCUGCCUUCGUUAAGACCGAAGAACUCCUGUUUGCCGAUGAAGAUACAGAGCGUAAGUUAACAUGUAAAAUCAAGGAAGCUCGACCAAGUGCAAAGUUAGAAUGGAGCUAUCAACCGUGGACGUGCGAUAACCCUUACCACCUAGCUUGUAAUCCAUCUAAAAAUUGGCGACCAGUCGACCCUACAAGAGUCAUAUGGUCAAAGGAUUCUCAAGAAAGCACUCUUACAGUUCCUGGAAGCAAAGAAUUUGCGUUUUUUAGAUGUUCUGCAAGUAACAAAGUUGGCCAAGCUGAUUUAGUCUAUCGUUUGCUUAGAACAGAGAAACUUAAUGACAAGUUAAAGAUAGCACAGGGAAGUUCAUUGACUGCUUCUAAAGGUGAAACGGUCACCAUAACUUGUAAAGCCAAAGUCGGUUAUGUUAGUCCGCCAUAUUGGAUUGAUGCUAAUGGCAAAGAAGUGUCCAACUCAUCUCGUGUUCUUGUUACAAAGAAGCUUGGUCGUAAAGCAAAUAUCACAACUAUUACAAUAUCCAACACCUCUUUGGGUGACUCUGGGAUCUACACGUGCGUGGCACUUGAGAAAAAGAAUGUACUACCAAUAUCUGUGUUUAUUCGACUUAACAUUAUGGAGAUCACAUCUCCUGUUGUCACAUUCAAAAGCCAAACUGUCAACGAAUCGAGUCAUGUGACAUUAAAUUGUACGGUCAGCGGCUACCCCCUACCAACUGUUCAAUGGUAUAAAAACGACGAUCUCAUCAGUACCCAUCACUCCUUGCAGUCUUUAGACGAUUGUGCAUUCAGGAAACGCAAUGUAUAUUAUUAUUUGGAAAACCUAUCUCCAAUUGAACCGGGGAAGGCUCGUACUCGUACGGUAGUAAUCUGUCACGCGGAUUAUAAAGACACGGGGUUAUAUAUGUGUUUAGCUACGAAUAAAGGUGGAGACGUUAACAAAACCGCUUAUUUGGAUGUAUUGGCUAAGCCAAAAAUCGAUUUAAUACACACAAAAGAAAGCUGGGUUGAAGGAGAUGACGUCAUCRUCAACUGCAAGGCCACAGGGAACCCAGCUCCCGAAGUUCGUUGGCUAAAAGAARGCGWUAAUGGUACCUUUGUUCCUUAUAAGGAUUCCACAUGGUCUAAAAACAAUACGUACCUAAUUAUUAAAGAUUUGAGUAAAGAUGACUUCGCAGCUUACAAAUGCGAGGCGAGAAACAAAAUGGGAGAUACAGAGAGAGAUUUUACAGUGGGGCAAACACCAGUGAUCAACAAAUACACGGUCUCCAAGAAUAAAGAAACGCUGUCAAAUACCGCUAAAAUCGUCCUAGGCAUCGUAGGCGGUUUUUCGUUCAUCAUUGUCCUGGUCGUCAUUGCCGUGUUGUAUCAUAGAAAGAAACUGUACGGCGGGUUCUACAUCUUGACAUUACCUCCUAUGCCAGAUUACCUCAAGAAACUCGACCCUCACCGACCGAUACAGGAACAAACUCACAGACUACCACUGUGCGCCGACUGGGAGUUUCCUAGAAAUCGACUUACAUUAGGCAAAGUCAUUGGUUCUGGUGCUUUUGGUCAAGUGUUUAAAGCAGAUGCUGUCGGCAUCGUGGCGUUUGAUCCAAGAAGCAGUAUCAAGGGAAAAGGAAGAAGACGGUCAAGGUUUGGUUCAACAAGGAGCCAUUACUAUAGCAACCGACAGGUCACAGUGGUAGCUUGUAAAGGACUUAAAGAGGACGCCUCAGAGUCRGAAUACAAAGAUCUAGUGUCUGAGCUAAAAAUUCUGAUGCACAUUGGUGAGCACAAGAACAUCGUGAAUCUACUCGGUGCCUGUACAAAAGGACGUGAGUGUGAAGUUCUUGUCAUCAUCGAGUACUGUCCUCAUGGUAAUCUAUUAGAGUUCCUCCGCAACAGACGCGAUAUAUUUCAAGCCACAUGGGCUCCUGCCACCGAGAAACCCGAUGAAUCACUCAGUACUAAAGACUUGGUGAUCACUGCAUUCCAGGUUGCACGUGCCAUGGAAUUCCUUGCUACACGUCGGUGUGUACAUAGAGAUCUUGCCGCUAGAAACGUUCUUGUCGGAGAGAACUACGUAAUGAAAGUAGCUGACUUUGGGCUUGCUCGAGAUAUUUAUAACGAAGACCACUACGUCAAGAGGACUUCGGUAUCAUUUGAUGCAAGCCUGCUGGAAACACGAUCCCAAUGAUCGACCUGUGUUCUCGUCCAUCGUACAGACYAUCGAUAAACUACUAGAAGGAACUACGACACAGACCGGUGAAGAGUACUUGGAACUAGAAAACGAAAUCGAUCCUCGUGAGAAUCAACCAUAUUAUCUUCAGCCAGAAGAAAUAGCAUCAUUUCAGAGGCCGCCAGAAAGCCCAUCGUCACCUUUUGACAACCUACAUUCCCCCCUCCCACCCCUCCCUCAAGACGAAAUCGAGCUCCAGCAGCUCAUAAGAAGGAGUGAUUCCGAUGACCACAACUCAAACACUCGUGACUUUAUUUUACAAGACGUUCCUAAAGGAAAAAAGAAGAAAAAUUUUGAAUUUGAUCACGAACUUGACCAGCAAAAGAARAGUGAUUCCAGUGGUAUUGUAUCUGAUGAGGAAGGCAGUAAUAGUGAAGACGAACAUCUUAUGAAGGACUAUGUAUUCGACCCUCCAUCACCUUAUGUCAACUCAAAACCUUAUAACUAUUCGAAUGAGGUUCAGCUACCAAAGAAAGGCAAAGACGGGCGAAAAGAAUCUGCAAGAUAUGUAUAAAUAAUGAACUUCACUAAAUUUCCUAAAAGUUAUCUAGUAUUGGCUUAUAUGAUGGAUGUUAGCCAAUUACCUCCUUUAUCUUUCAGCUACUCAUUCGUAGAGACUAUUAGAAUUUAAAAGCUAAAUAUCAGUCUCCUAUGCGGUCUAAAUCGGGAAACUGAGGCGAACUAGGCUGGAACUAUAAAUUUCAAUUGUAAGCAGAGACAAAAAAAUUUGUAGAGAAAUCUGUGCUUGCAUGAUAUCAAUGCAAACACUUUCCUCAGUAUGAAGUUUGCUAAUUACUUAAAACGUAUUGUGUAUGGCCUACGCCCUUGUGGCCAUGCAUGUCUGUAUAUAUUCAAUUAAUACUUAAGAGCUAGAUCUGCUGUAAUUUUAAUAUGAAUAGGUUAGAUAGCUUGCGUUCAUUUUAUUUCCAUUCUGGAUGAUAGUUCACAUACAGAAUGCUUUGCAGGUGCAUUCUUGGCAAGAACGUUGGAAUUCCAUUCUCUUACGGAAUGGGUUCCAGUUAUGUUCCAGAAACUGAAGACUUUUUCAGACUMGCACUCGUCAAGAUUUCUAAGUUAAAAGGCAACAUAAGCAAGAGCUCUAAUGAUAAUAUUUUUAAGUAGCGUUCCAGUUUUUUAAGCAGUAAUGGUAUUCAGUUGAUGGACAUUCCAAGAUGUGUAUAGUUUAUUCAGCGCGAUAGCUAAUCAUUUCAAGAGACGAACCACAUUGGCUCAGAUCAUAAGAAGAUAACUUCUAUACGGGGCUUUCCGUAUAUUUUCUAUGUAAAAUAUAUCCUCAAAAUUCGAAACUUUUAUUAGGUACCUAAAUGAAUGUUAUCAUUCUAUUUAAUCGGAAGAGAAUUAGUAGAAAAAAUAUUUAAUGUUUACAUGGGAAAGAAUAUUUCAAGAAUUUCAAUGAAUUAUGUACUAUAGGUUAGAGCUUUUAAUAGAAAUACUUUUCUCAUUCCUGCAUAUUGUUUUCACUACGGCAUAAGCAUAAACAUAAGAAAAACACUGACGAAGGAAUGAAGUCAAGCGUGUCAAACAAAGAGAAGACCUCAUGCGUUUCUUUGUGUUUUUUUUGUUAUCCCACCAACCCCCUGUAGCUAUACCCCUUAGCUUACAUCGUAGUGAAGACCAGUCCGUAUCUGGAGAGUAUUGGAGAUUUGGCGACAAUUAAAAAUGUCAGGUUUAUAACAUCCAUAAGUACUCCCCAGAUCCAUAUCACACAGUAAUUCCAAGAAUUAAACAAUUGUUAUAAAAUAUCAGGACGAAUAAAUAGUAAAGAGAAAUA